AUGGCGGGCGGGCCUCUCUGGAACGUUGUCUCGUGCGUCUAUGGCGGCGCUCUGAGGAGAGGAUACUUCCGGCAGCAGCGAGGGCCCCUCGAGGUCGUUCUGAUAGGCGUUAGCGUCACGGUGGAUUUCGGCUGCUUCUUUUUCAUGGGGGUUUCCUAUUUCCAUAUCUUCUCCACCGUGCUGAGGAUCCCAUCCGUGCAGGACAGAGCCAAAGCCUGCCCCAUCUUGCUGACCUUGUUAGUCCUCAAUGUCUGCUAUGUCUCCGUCACCAUCAUCCAAUCCGCCCACAACUCCCUGACCAACGACAGUUCCAUCUCUGUCCGUGACUGUGUCACACAAGUAUUUUUUCUUGUCUUACUUGCCACCACGGAGAUAGGCAUCCUCACGUUGAUGUCCUACGAUCACUACGUGGCCAUCUACCAUCCCCUGUGUUACGUUGUCGUCAUGGACCAACGGGUCUGUGGGAAGAUGGCCACCGCCUUAUGCCUUUGGGGUGGUUUCUUGGGCCUCACGCACACUGCCAGUACACGUUCCUUGUCUUUUGGUGACUCGAACGUGAUCCGUCACUUUCUCUGUGACUUGACCCAGUUACUGGCCCUCGCCCCCUCCAAUGAUGACCUUAGGGAGGCGUUCUUGCCCAUUGCCAGUGCUACUUUAGACUUCUUCUGCUUCCUCUUUAUAGUCAUUUCCCAUUUCCGCGUCUUCCCCACAGUGAGGACCAUCUCUUCCCAAGAAGGCCGGACAAAAUCCUUCUCUACCUGCCUGUCGCACGUCACCGUCAUCACUCUGUUUUUCUCCAGUGGGUUUUUUUUUGCCUACUUAAACCGCCCUCAGACAUUCCCUCGAACCUGGGCCUGCUGUUAUCUGCGUUCUAUGCCGUAG